CAGGCAGACAAAAGUUUGGGAGAGAAGUUCGGUCUGUGCUGAGUGUGAGAGCGAGGGGGGCGGGGGCCGGGGAGAGUGGGGCGGCCGGGCGAGUGGACGCGUGAACAGACAGACCUGCGGACGGGACAGCCGCGGCCGUAGGCCCUUCUAGCUCCGCUUAACCCCUGAUGCGCGGGGGGAAGCAGCCCCUCUCGCUGGGGGAUGCUGCGGGAUUCCCGGCGCCGGGCAUCCGGGCCGCCGGCUAAACCCCUGUGCCUACCCCGUGCCCCCGGGGAACCGGAGUCCGGCCGCUGGGAAAGAGAAGCGGCCGCCGAGACGCUGCAGGGUGCCGGGCGGGGAGGGGGCUGGAGGCCCCAGGCCCGAGGGCAUGGAGCGGUUAGGGGAGAAAGCCAGUCGCCUGCUGGAGAAGUUAAGGCUCUCGGACUCCGGCAGCGCCAAGUUCGGCCGCAGAAAGGGUGAAUCUAGCCGGUCUGGGUCUGAUGGGAGCCCCGGGCCGGGCAAGGGGCGCCUGAGUGGGUUGGGGGUUCCUAGGAAAUCAGGGCCCCGUGGAGCUACUGGGGGACCCGGGGAUGAGCCGUUGGAGCCAGCCCGAGAGCAGGGCCCCCUGGACGCUGAGCGGAACCCGCGCGGCUCCUUUGAGGCGCAGCGCUACGAAGGCUCCUUUCCCGGGGGGCCGCCUCCCACCCGGGCCUUGCCUCUACCUCAGUCAUUGCCCCCCGACUUUCGGCUGGAGACCACGGCCCCAGCCCUAAGCCCCCGCUCCAGUUUCGCCAGUAGCUCAGCCAGCGACGCCAGCAAGCCGUCCAGCCCCCGCGGCAGCCUGCUGCUGGACGGGGCGGGGGCAGGCGGAGCCGGAGGUAGCCGACCCUGCAGCAAUCGUACCAGCGGCAUCAGCAUGGGCUACGACCAGCGCCACGGCAGCCCCCUGCCCGCCGGGCCCUGCCUGUUUGGCCCUUCCCUGGCUGGAGCUCCAGCGGGCUAUUCCCCUGGAGGGGUGCCGUCCGCCUACCCGGAGCUCCACGCUGCCCUGGACCGACUGUGCGCUCACCGGCCCGCGGGGUUCGGCUGCCAGGAAAGCCGCCACUCCUAUCCCCCGGCCCUGGGCAGCCCCGGAGCUCUAGCCGGGGCCGGAGUGGGAGCGGCAGGGCCCUUGGAAAGACGCGGGGCGCAACCCGGACGACACUCAGUGACCGGCUACGGGGACUGCGCCGCGGGCGCCCGAUACCAGGAUGAGCUAACAGCGUUGCUGCGCCUGACGGUGGGCACGGGAGGGCGAGAAGCCGGCGCCCGCGGGGAACCCUCGGGGAUUGAGCCGUCGGGUCUCGAGGAGCCGCCGGGUCCGUUCGUUCCAGAGGCUGCCCGGGCCCGGAUGCGGGAGCCGGAGGCCAGAGAGGACUACUUCGGCACCUGUAUUAAGUGCAACAAAGGCAUCUAUGGGCAGAGCAACGCCUGCCAGGCCCUGGACAGCCUCUACCACACCCAGUGCUUUGUCUGCUGCUCCUGUGGGCGAACUUUGCGCUGCAAGGCUUUCUACAGCGUCAAUGGUUCCGUGUACUGUGAGGAAGAUUAUCUGUUUUCAGGGUUUCAGGAGGCAGCUGAGAAAUGCUGUGUCUGUGGUCACUUGAUUUUGGAGAAGAUCCUGCAGGCCAUGGGGAAGUCCUAUCACCCAGGCUGCUUCCGAUGCAUCGUUUGCAACAAGUGUCUAGAUGGCAUCCCCUUCACAGUGGACUUCUCCAACCAGGUGUACUGUGUCACUGACUACCACAAAAAUUAUGCUCCUAAGUGUGCGGCCUGCGGCCAACCCAUCCUCCCCUCGGAGGGCUGUGAGGACAUUGUGAGGGUGAUUUCCAUGGACCGAGAUUAUCACUUUGAGUGCUACCACUGUGAGUCCUUAGGAGGCUGGUGUGGAGCAGGGCAGACUCCCGACAUGUCCGAGGUGCCCGGGCUGAGGUCAACUAGGUGUCCUUCCUCCCUAGGACUGCCGGAUGCAGCUGAGUGACGAGGAGGGCUGCUGCUGCUUCCCUCUGGAUGGGCACUUGCUCUGCCACGGCUGUCACGUGCAGCGGCUCAGUGCCCGACAGCCCCCUGCCAACUAUAUCUGAACUGCGGUCCCCGCUGCUGCCUUCGCCACCCCGGACAAGUUGCUCUGGCCAGAGGGCCCCUCUGAGGCCAGCUGAGGCCAGGAACGUGCUCCCAGGUCAGGCAGAAGAGUCCUCUGGGCAGGGCCCCACGGGCCAGAGACCCAAAGAUACGACAUUCCAGAUGGACUGUGGAGAAGGACCCUUCCGCUUGCCACGGUGGGGUGACUGGCUUGCUUCCCGUGUGCACAGCCUGAGCUGUAGCAACACUCGGGCAGGCAGGUUCCAGGACUUUCUAAAGGUCUGAUUUUAGUCUGUAUCUCCAGUAUCCGUUUAUGCACAGGUCAGGCAAUGUUCUGGCUUUGGAUUAUAGGAAGAGAGGACAUUAUGAACACUCCUCACUCUUUUGCACCCCUCACGUGGGUCAGAUACGGGGUCAGCAGGUUCUUACCACAGUAUCUUAUCUCUGUAUCUGGAUGAAGAGGUGGAGACUGGACCUUAUUCAUGAGUUGUUUCUUGGUGACCUUCUCUCUAAGGACCAGGAGAGCCGCUCACCCCUGUGCUGGGAAGCGGGGGCAGCUCGGGUGGACCUGCUGCCUGUGUUGCAUGUCUCUCAGGGACUCACGUGGGCCUGGGAAGGCCGGGUGGGUGCCUGUCCUGGGUUCCUCUUCUCCUCGGCUCGGGGAAGUAACGAGUGGGCCUUUGGGGGUGCAGGAGGCCUCAGGCUAGGCCACGCGCCCAGGUGCGGGCGCACGGAGCCCUCUAGCCCACCGUACACACGCAGAGGCACACUCGCUCUCUCACUCCCUUCUUCUCAGGACACUGUCAUCCCCGUCCCCUCACAGGAGCCCCCCACUCCAGACCUGCCACCCUGCAGAGGGAUCCAGGAUUCCAGCCACUGCAACUCCCAAGCCCUGAGGUUCUGGGGAGCCAGAGGGGUGACACGCUUUGACCUGGCUCUAGUCCGUUUGGCUAAAAUUGGUCCCUUAAAGCCAAUUAUGGAACACUUACACCCUUCAACUUCACUGGUUUUUUUUUUUCAGUGCAGAAAGGACGGUUUUAUUGAAAGCGCGGGGACAGGACCCAUGGGCAGAGAGAGCUGCCAAAGUUUACAUCACUUAAUGACCAGUUUGCCAAAAGCUCGGUUCCAUCUGGGGAACCGUUUAGGUGUUCACUUAGGUGUUCUAUUAUGUUUUGGGUGUUUUAAGGAUUUAUAUCUAUUCCUCCAACAGUACUUCUGAGUUACUGUCAACAUAAAUUUAUCAAAUUUGCAGCACUUUGUAAAUGAAAUUGUUUCCUACUUUUACGGACAUCUUUUCCUAUGUUAUCUACUUUUCCAACAUUUUUCAAAAAAGUUUAAAGUUCCUAGCAAUAAAUAUAAUUAAUUGGUACAGACAUUUUGUGUAUCAUUUUUUGUGUUUCUUAAUCUAAUAUCCCUUUACAAAUUAGAUGCCUUGGAAAACGUAAUGGAGCUCAUAUGAUUUUGAUGCUUUGGCCUAACUUCUACAUUCCUGCUGUUAAAAAUGCCAAUGUAUUCUAAACAAAUGAAAAAGCAUGUGGCAUAUUCAGUUGGCUAACAAUUAAAGGUUACAUAGACAAGAGCAAUAAAAAGUGAAAGGGUGACUCUGCUAAAUCCUUUUGAAAUGCUGCAGAUUUGAUAAAUAUUUGAGACUAAUUGUCUCUAGGUGAGUUGGUUUUAGGCAAAUUAAUCUGAUAAUCUUUGAUCCUUAGUCUUCAUUCUUUGUCACUAAGAGUUUCAUACUGGAAAUGGUGACUCCUGAGAACAGAAAUUCCGCAUUUAGGGGUUAUUCUAAGGUGGCCGUGUCAGCCACGCUGGGGUCGCAGAGAAGAGGCCUGUGCAUGAGGGUAUGAUUGAGAGGAAGAGCUCACAUUCAUACCACUGACUGCCGGAGGAGAUGCACUUUUGGAGUGAUAAAUGUUCUGAGACUAGAUAACUUGGUCUACAGCUGGAUUGCUUCUUCUGAAUUAUUAUUAUUAUUAAAUAAGUGAAUACAAAGACUCUGACUGGGCAGUUUUCUCACCAGGCCGCUCCAGGACUGGGAAAUCCAGGCAAGCACGUAUAACUUUACAUCCAUCCUUUCUUUGACUCUUGGGGGUCGUGUCCGCUCCGACCCUUCGUUUCUAACUCUGAUUUCAGCCUCCCAUCUGUUGCUGACUGGCUGAUUCCUUUCUGGGUCUAUGCUCAUCUGUGCCAGCCCUGGGGCUUCCCAAGACUUCUUGACACUGAGGCUACUUUCUCCUUCC